AUGGAAGACAAUCAUGAGCAGCUAGAGAAAAGUUUGUCUACUGCACGUGAACAUAAGGGAAUUGGAAGAAAGCAUCCACUGCAUAUCAAAAUAAAUACAUUCAUCCUUUUUAUUAAAAUUAGUAUCUACGCCCUUUUCAUUUGCUCCCUAUACUACUCCAACCAUGGCACUUUUCCCAAACCAUGGAACACCCAACACAACCAAGCGAACAAACCCAGUGUUAAGUCCCGCGCAUUAGUAGAACAAGGGCAGGUCUAUAUUAAUAAGUACCCUAAAAUUAACGAAUAUUCUAAAUUCUAUCAUGAGAAUGAUGAUUAUCAAACAUUUAAUCGAGAAACAUAUUUCAGAAGAUAUUUAGCAGCAUUUAAAUCAAGAGGGGAUAAAUGGACAUCACAACCACUUCACAAUUUAAUUUCAAAGUUUGAAAGUGCCAAAAAAAAUUUUUUAGAUGAAAAUCGUCGUUCUUUUGAAAGAGGGAUAGAAGGACAUGGUACGGGUGUAAAAACUCCCAACGUAGUGACAAAAAAACCUGCAACAGUGAAAAAGGACCCUUCUGCAGCGAUAGAAGAACCUCGUAGAGUGAUCAAAGAACCCGUUAGAGCGAUAGAAAAUUACGAAGCAACGACAGAAGACCCUGAUGAAGAGACCAUAUACUUUGACGCGGAGAUUGACGAGCAGGAAAAGUUGGAUGAAGAGGAGCAACGCCUUAAAAACUAUUUAGAUUCCUAUCUGGAGGAUGAAGUACACCUAAAAAACAUUCAUAAAUUUAUACGAGAAACCGAAGAUUGUGCUAGGAAAUAUAAAAAAAAAAAGUAUGAUUUUUUUAAACAUGUUAUAGCCCUUAAGAAAAGACUCAAAAAAAUUAUUAAUAGCAUUAAACAUCGUUUGGUGAAACUCAUGACGUAUAGGAAAUAUCGCCGCUUUAAACUGCUAAUAUCUACUUUCAUCUGGUUCCUUUCCAUGUUGUUUCCGUGAUAAUUUAACUCUAACGAAAAAGUAAAAUACCCGAAAAAAAUCGGCUACAUAUAUAUGCAUUAUAUAUGCACAGACAAAUUUCUUAUGCUGCGUGCUUUUACUCCAUCGCAGAUUAGUGUGCAUUCAAACCAACCUAUACGCAUGGUUAA